GUUGUCGUCGACUGCUGCGGGUUGUCUUACCAGACGGCAACUCUGGAAAAUCGCAGCUCUUUAGCGCCGUGGAACGAGUAUUGCACGUGGCCAAAUGUCUCCCUGCAUCCGCAAGAGUUCGAGUCGUCCUUCGUGGAAUUCAAAGUCUACGCGAGGCAUUGGUUCACCCGCAACUACUUGAUCGGGAAGGCGUCGCUUCAGCUUUCCUUCGUCAACAAGCGCCAAAAUCAUUUGCACCUUGUGCUAGGUGCAGUCUCACCUUUGGGACCUCUGUUUUUCAACCACCAGUUUGCCAUGUGGACCAUUCUGAGUGGGAACUCUGCUUUCCAACCUCCAACUUGGACUCCUUUGGGGCGUCACAUCAGCGCACAAGCAGGUUUCUGA